AUGGUGGUGAGACUGGGGGAGAGGUGGGGAGUGGGGAAGGUGAGGGAGGGUGUGAGCUGCAAUAGUGCACCAGCAACCGAGGACGCUACACACGCUGAUACAACUACCAACGAUCCCUCAACUGACAAAGACAAGGAUCGUCAAUUGUCGUCUGCAGCGGUUGUGCCGGGAGAAAAUAAAACGGGGACUUCGCCGUACCGGCUGGUCUUUGUGGAGGAUCUGAGCAGUGAAUCAAGUCUUGCCGGCUCCAUAUCUCCUCAGAACUUGGAGACCUCUGGCUCAUUUACAGCUGCCCCUCUGACUACUGCUGUGGCUGGGUCGGAGGUGAACCCUGCUCGUGAGGAAGAUCGUCAAAAGUUGGACGAGAAUCGCAGUACCGUGUCUUCUUCGAUGCUGGUGACUGAGAGUAAUAACGGCUCUUGCGACACAGCCGAGACUGUAAAAGGUGGGAGUUUGAGAGAUGGAGGAGGAGAGAGGGAGAGAGAGGAGAAGGCCUCAAGAGAGGGAGAGGGAAAGGGAGAGGAUGGAGCAGCCAGAGAGGCGACAGUUGAGGAGCGUGCUGAAUCGGUGACACCUCCCCCGAAACCAAAACCAAAGGAACACGCUCUCUCACGACUACCCAGUGAUUCCGAUGUUGGCGAUAUUCCCCCCUUCUCCCCACUCGAGUACCACUCCAGCGAAGACGAGACUCGUCCCGGGGGGCUGACCCCCUCGUUUCCCGUCCUUACCCCCUCCCCCCUGCCCCCCGGGACCGAGAGCCCCCUGGAGGAACAACCGACCAUGAGCAUCCUAUUUAGCGGCGUCUUCUACUUGGGUUCGUCCACAGUCGAUGCCCCGAUCAGCGAAACGGAGGCCAACCGAAAGAUGAACAUUCUCCACGAACAGGCCCUCACCUCCCACCCUAUGCCCAUCAUCCUCUCCGUCCCCAUCUCUAACGAGGGGAGCGUACUCCUCAAGGACCCCAAGACGGACCAACUCCUCACCACUUUCCCCGUGAAGAUGAUUCUGUUUUGCGUCCGCGGAGGAGACGAGUCUCUCCAGGACUGCUUCUGUUUCAACGUCCGGCACAAGAGGAGCGGGACCCACCACUGUCACGUCUUCCGCUGCGACAUCAUGGAGGCGACUCACAAGAUAUUUGAGGCCAUCGGAAGAGCUUUCAAGACGACAUCUGAUCUGACUCACUCUCCCACUCCUGAUGAACUGUUCUACGAGGUGGACAUUGGAGUGGAGAUACUGGAGGAUGACGGGAAAGGGAACUUCAAUCACGUCACAGUCGACAAGGACUGUUUCCGACUGCGGCAGAACACCAGAAAGAAAGUUACCAUGACGAUACUCCCUUCCCCAAACAACCCGGCUCCCCUCAACAUACAGAGGUGUUUCGGAAUGCUGCUCUCUCCCGGAAAAGACCUGGUCCAUUCACAGAUGAACCUUCUGGACAACAUGAAUGGGAAGAAUGGCAACAAUGGGAGCUACGUGGUGUCAGGGUACUGGGACAUCGGAGUCCCGUUUCUAUCUUCUCUCAACGAGGACACACCAAAAUCCAACAAACAGCAGUACCUUACAGUGGCGGCUGAUCUUGUCAUGGAAAUUGUCAAUGAACCCGUCAGAUUCAAGAGGUACAUAAUGCAGUCCAAAACACAAACCCCACUUCAUUGCACGAUACAGAUUGUUGCGUGGGACACAAACUUCAAAUGUAUGGGCAUGAUGGGUCCAUGCAACAAAGUUGUAUCAAAUAGACUAUGUAUGUAUUGGGUGCAUCAUGUGGCGUGGACCUUUAAGUUGCAUGCAACUUUGUGUCUCACACAACAAAGGCUCAUCGUGUUUCAUACUCCCUUCUUUUUCCUCUCCUCUUACUCCCCGUGGUUUUUUUUCUCUCCACCUCCUGGUAGAGAGGUGAAGGUGAGGGUGUCCAGAGGAGACAUGCUGAGCAGUAUUCAACUGGGACUGAUGACCUCACUCACAAAGAGAAAGCUAUCUCUUGAGGGUUUUACCCUCGUAUUGGCCAAGGAGCCAGAGACUCCGGGAGGAGGCAGACCGCACUACUCAGUGGUGGAGCUGAGGGAGGGUAUCCGGUCGUCUGUCGCGCCCGCUGCCCCAAGCCCCUCCCACUCCCCCGACGUCCCCCACAGGGACCUGCAUGACCCUCCCACCACCACCAGCGGGAAGGCUAGUAGCGGAGCUCGGCCUCGUUUAUUCUCUCUAUCUUUUCCCUGGGGUCAGCAGGUGAUGUCUCCAAUGGAGGACCAACCUCACCCACUCUCCUCUCAGAGGAGGAAGACGGCUGCCAGCGGAGGAGGAGUCAAGACUCAGCUCUCCAAACUCAAAGAGGACCAAGAUGCAGACAGUGACUCACUAAUAGUUAGCUUUGAUCAGUACUGUCUGCAGUACAUUGCAAUGGCAGUUGACAGUUUGAGAGAAAUAGCAAGACACUACCCCCCUCACGGUGCAACCGUGGCACCAGAAACACAAACAAAUCGCAAGUACAAAUGCUGCAAGCUUCUCAGAAGCAGCAGCAGCACAAACAACGCCUGCACUCACCGUGUUGGGAUGCUCGGACGUAAGCGCUCGACUCUCUCUCUCUUGAACCCCGAAGUGGAGGACGGUGAGGAGGAGACGAUGGUGUCGGGCUGGGGAGAGGCAGAGGACAUGAAGGAGGACCUGCUGAAAGACUGGGGAGAAGUUCUGGACAAGUGGGACGGGAAACAGAGGGACAAGGCACGACCCAAGCAGCUCAGUAAACUCUGCAGGAAGGGUAUUCCGUACCACCUGCGCUGUCAGGUGUGGCAGAUGUUGUCGGGAGCGGCCUACGACCCACAGCUACUGGAGUCCUACCGACUACUCAUUCCUAAGCCAGUGGCCAGAGACGUUCUCUACAAGAUCAGCAAGGCCUACUCAAUCUACGACGCAGAGGUGGGGUAUUGCCAGGGGCUCUCUUUCAUCGUCGCCGUCCUCCUCCUCCAGAAAAUGCCGGAGGAACAGGCGUUUGCCGUUCUGAUAAAGAUCAUGUACCAGUAUCACCAUAGGGACGUGUUCAAGACGAACUUUUAUCAGCUUCACCUCAUGUUCUACCAACUGGACAGACUGCUCAAGGAGUACAUGGAGGGACUCCACGGCCACUUCCACCAUGAGAGAGUGGAGACACACAUGUACUCCUCCCAGUGGUUCCUCACCAUCUACACCGCCAAGUUCCCCAUCACCAUGGUCUUUAGAGUCAUGGACGUCUUCCUCUGCGAGGGUCCAACCAUCAUGUUCCAGAUUGCACUAGCCAUCCUAAAGAUUUGCAAGCACGACCUGAAAGCCCUGGAUUUUGAAGGAAUCCUGAACUAUUUCAGAGAGUCGGUCCCCAAGCGGUUCCAGUCUGAGGAUUCAGUGAAUGAGCUCUUUCGUAUUGCAUCAUCCUUCAAGGUGAAGGAGAGAAAACUGAAAGAGAUGGAGAAGGACUAUCCAACUUACCUGGAGCAGCAAGCUGAGCUGGAGGACCCUCUGAGAAGACUUGAGAGUGACAACAAGCUAAUGCGAGACACAAUAGUGAAGCUGGAGAAAGAAAAUGGGCAUCUUACUCAAGAGCUGGUUGCCAGUAAGGCCGGCAUGAGGGAAGAAAUGGACAGGUUGGAGGAGAGAAUAGACACUCUGAGCAAAGAAUCCAGAGCACACAAGACUGCCACUGAAGCAGCUCAACUCUUGAUAGCGGAGCUGAGAGAAGAACUGAAGCAGGCAAAGGUGGAAUAUCAGAAUGUUAUGGUUCAACUAAUGGAAGAAAGAGUGCAGAAUUCAGCUACAGUAUCAGAAUACAAGCAGGCACAGUGCAGCAUGCAGCAAAACACUGCCACCUCGGCCUCACGAGACCCACAGCAACCUGAUCACCCACUCUCGGAGCACAAAGCCACCCUGUCGUCGGAGGGGAAACUGCGGAAACUGGAGCUGGAGUUGGCACAGACGAAACUGGCACUGGUGGAGUCGCAGUGCCGGAACCAGGAACUGGAAAAACGACUCGAAGGUAGCGCCUCCAAUUCCAGCAGUCGCUCCACUAAGGGCAGUUUUCUUGGUCGUGGCAAAAAGAAGACCUGAGCUUACAUGUAUUUCCAUAGUCAUCCGUAGCACUUGUAUGGGCACAAGUUCGUGUGAUCACUGCAGCAUACAUCAACUAGUCAGCACCAAAUCAUCAAUAUUAUUACCUGUUAUUCUGACCACAACCAACCGAUGAAAAAGUUCAUUCAUACACCUGAAUAAGAAUUUAAUAUGCACAUUGUUGCGGUUAUAAACUUAUGGUGUCAUCUAUGACUGCUUGCAUUUGGUGACGUACGUACAUCCUUGAUUUUCAUGGUUUAAGAUGAUUGAGAAUGAACAUGGAAUGAUGAUGUCGUUACAAGAUCUGAACAUGUCAUGUGAGCCGAACAUGUAGAGGAGCAGUUCCCUUGUGAUCAUGGCAUAUCUUGUGAACACAUCUCUUUCCCCGGUCCAAAUGAUGCCUCUCGUAGAGGUCUCUAGCCUGACCCUGGAACCCUCCGGCUCCAAACAUCACCAGACACGUUGCCUGCGAAGCUAUUGCUCGCUGCAAGUUUGCCACAUAAGCUCCCUC